AGUCGCGUUGAACAUCACCGAGACGCGAUGACGAUGUCGAGUUUGUUCUGUUUUUAAAGUCCGUAUUUGUAAAUUGUUGUUUAUUGUUGUAGAAUAUUUUAAUGAAAGGUUAAAAAGUGUGGAUAAAAAUUUAACAAGAUGACAGAUCCUAUGCGACGGAAAAGUACUGUGCGCGAAGCUCUCAACGAGGCUAAUUUAUUUUUGAAACAACGUGUUAUUGUUGGAAAAUUAAGAGGCAGAUAUCUGUUUCGUGCAGCCGUGAGACUCGUUAUCGAAUAUAAAGACUGGAUUGGUAACGGCGAUUCUGAAAAUAUCGGCGACGAUGUUACGGUUAACGUCAAGCUGGCGCAACGGAAAAAAUCAUCUGAACAAGAAGAUCUCACCGUCAAAGACCGUUCGAUACUCCUCAUUUCGCCGCACAAACGGUCCAAAGACGACGUUGCCUACAUAGAGUAUCUUCUUAAAGAAAUCAAAGCAUUCAAAAGGUAUCCGGAGGACGUUCGAGAGUCGUUAGCCUCAGAUUGUGGUUAUCAGUUCGUUCCCGCAGGCAGAACAAUCAUUCGACAGAAUCACAAAGCGCGACUGCUUUACUACGUUGUCAGUGGUCAGCUUCAAAUUUCAAGAGACCUCGAGGACCCUGUUACUGAAGAAGCAAAGCAAAUCGACGCAGGAAUGCUGAAACCUGGAGACAUGUUCGGUGAAAUCGCUCUGCUGCAUCAAGUUCCUCGAACGGCUACUGUAGUGAGCAAAACUCCCGUCGACUUGUUACUCAUCACGAGAAAGAUGUUCAACAUAUACUUGAGACAUUUUCUCUUGGAAGAGUGGGACAUACUGCGCGACGCUUUGGUCAAUUUUAAUUAUUUCAAAGGCUGGACCGAAGAAACGAUGCGGGAAUGUUGUAUUCUCAGUAAAAUCGUCAAUUAUAAACCGAAUGAAGUCUUGCUCGGCGACGGAAAAGGAAUGAUUCACUACGUUUAUUUUCUUCUAAAUGGGGAAUGUAGGCUCGUGGAGCAUAUGCUGGUCGAGAAGAAACGUGUCGGAAAACACGUGAAAUACAAGCUGUACGAUUCGCAACAGAAGGACAGAAAUCCUCGGCAACGUAUCGGGCGAAGUAAAAAGCUCGAGCUUCCCGAUGACGAAUUGUCUGCGAUAAUAAUGGAGAGCGCGUCGCAAGAUGGAAGUAUGAGUAAUAUCACUGCAAAAGAGCAGCCUUCUUCGCCAGCCGAUUAUAUAAAGCUUAUAUCGUCGAAAAAGCCCAAUACUAAUAUCGCUAUCGAACGUGUCAGCGUCAUUACCGUCACUCUUCAAGAUGUUAUAAAUCAAUGGCACGAAAUAACUGACGUAGUUGAAAUGUUGAUGAGGCAACCGUCUACAACGAACUUGAAAAAUUAUCCAAAAAAUGUGAAAACAGUUUUCAUGCAAAUUUGCACUUUCUAUCGAGGAGCAUGUUUUGGUUUAGGCGAACAAAUGAAAAAUCGUAGAGUCGUUUCCAUCACACCCUCAAGGUGUUUAUUGAUCCCUCGUUAUUGGCUCACGCAACAUAAUCGAGCCAAUAUUUGGGAGAGAGUUAAACAAUUUAUGAACUCAGUAUUCCCCGACAAUAAGCAGUUACUCGAUAAAUACGUGGAGAAUAAAAUGUGGGCCAAGCAUAAAAAGGAAUAUGCGAAAAACAUUGUCAAGUGUGGUAGGGACAUACCAAACGAUACCAAACUGUGCGAUGUGCCAUAUUCAAUAAGGAUCAAUGAGAACAUUAUUGACGAAUAAAUUUAUGAAUUUUAUGAAGAUAAUAAGAAUAUUUUAUUUGAGAAUAUACCUUCUCUUGAUUACGAUUAAGUAUAAACGGAGAAUAUGUACAAUUUGCGCUGAUGGGUACAAACAUUUUACAAAGAGGCGCUCUAAUUUAUUAUUUCAUUAUUAUUCUCAAUUCAAAUUAAAAAAUAAAAUAAUUAUACCUUUAA